GUCUGACUGGUGUGUGUCCCACUUAGUCUUUGAGCAUGAACUGAUGAAGCCUGCUCGGAUGAGAGACGAAAUGUCUUCUAAAACAAUGUGAACCAUCCAGUUGCGAUCGAUUGAAUGCCCUGAGAAUACAGUGACCUAGAUGAAUGGAAAUAAUCACAGGGAUAUUAAGAGUUUACAUUUGACACAGACGACCAUCUGUGUGUAAAUGUCACUUAAAGGAAGAAGGGGGGAAGUCCACGCAGCCACAGGAAGCUUUGGCCAAGCACUUAAAUUGCUGCAGUCAGGCACCUCCUCCCUCUCAAUAAGGCUGCUGCUCCCUUCAGGGAAACCAUCUUUCAUCAUGUCGAAGACACCACGUCUUGGAGUAUAAACUUGUUGUUUGGAAAUUGAGUUACCAGGACUGUUAUGGAAUACUGGAGGCAGUGUGCCCUGUGGCUGAUUGGCUGCAAGGUGCUGCCGGUCAACCAUCGUGUCACUGCGGACUCUGCGCAGGUGUUUGAUCUGGCGCAAAUGCUGCGCGACGGCGUGCUGCUGUGUCAGCUGCUCAACAACCUGAGAGCUCGCAGCAUUGACCUGAAGGAGAUCAACUUCAGGCCGCAGAUGUCUCAGUUCCUGUGUUUGAAGAACAUCCGCACCUUCUUGACGUGUUGCUGCAACGUGUUCGGCAUGAAGAAAAGCGAGCUGUUCGAGGCCUUCGACCUGUUUGAUGUGCGGGACUUUGGAAAGGUCAUUGACACGCUAUCCAAGCUCUCGCACACGGAAAUCGCACAAGGAGUAUUCAAGCCUUUUCCCAUAGAGGAAAGCCUAAAGGACGAGGAUAUUUACAAUCACCUGGAAGACCUGAUUGACGAAAAUGCUAUGGAGGAUGAGGAUGAGCUGUACACGGUGGUGUACGGGCUGGAAGAAGUCUGCGCAGGUGGAGAGAUUUAUGAAGACCUUAUGCGGACUGAACAGCAGAAGCAGGCCGAGUUAGACGUUCGUAGCUGCUGCCUCUCCGAGAUCAAACAGACGGAGGAGAAGUACACGGAGACGCUGGAAUCCAUCGAGAAGUAUUUUCUCAACCCUCUGAAGAAGUUUUUCUCUGUCGCUGAGAUAGACAAAGUGUUUGUCAACAUUCCAGACUUGGUGAAGGUUCACAAGAGCUUGAUGGUGGACGUUCAGAACUCGAUCCUCAACAAGAACGCUUUGAAUCUCUACCAGAUCUUCAUCAGCUACAAGGAAAGGCUUCUCAUCUAUGGCAUCUACUGCAGCCGCGUGGAGAUUGCCAUCGCAGUCCUGGACCUCAUCUGCAAGGAGAAGGAAGACGUUCGAAUUAAGUUGGAGGAGUGUUCCAAGAGGGCAAACAAUGGCAAGUUCACCCUGAGGGACCUGCUCGUGGUCCCCAUGCAGAGGGUCCUCAAGUACCACCUUCUCCUCCAGGAGCUGGUCAAGCACACUCACGACGAGGCGGACAAGAGCAACCUAAAAAUGGCUCUGGAUGCGAUGAAAGACUUGGCUCAGUUUGUCAACGAGGUGAAGAGAGACAACGAGACUCUGCGUGAGAUGGACGAGUACCAGCGCUGCAUUGAAAACCUGAACCGGCCUCUGAUCAACUACGGUCGUCCAAGAGGAGACGGGGAAGUGCGCAUCGUGUCCAACUUUGACAAGAGGAAACAGGACAGACACAUCUUUCUGUUCGACGUGGCCAUCGUGGUCUGCAAGCGACGCGGCGACAACUACGAGAUGAAGGACGUCCUCGACCUCAACGCCUUCAAGAUCACGGACAACCCCAACUCGGACAAGGAGGGCAAGAAGUGGUGCUCCAGCUUCUAUGUGACUCACCAGCAGGGCCACAAAGGCUUUGAGCUCUUCUUCAAGACCAGAGAACUGAAGAAGAAAUGGCUGGACCAGUUUGAAGCGGCCGUCUCCAACAUUCGACCUGAACUGGCCAACCACAACUGCCACCAGUUCAAGCUGCACACCUUUGAAAGGAUAUUUUCGUGCAGCUUUUGUCAUCUCUUGCUGAGGGGCAUCCUCAACCAGGGCUACCUGUGCUUAAAAUGUGGAUUGGCGGUCCACAAGGAGUGUUUGGGUCAGCUGGGACUCUGCGGAAGGACAGACUCUUCCAAGCUGAGGUCCAAGGAGACGACAAUGCCUCCAGACCCAGGUUUGCCCAGGAUGCUGAUGAUCAGAGACUACCAAGGCGCCCCCUGGCCCCCGUGCGGCCCCCCGCUGUGUGCUCACGCAGGCGACGUGAUCGAGCUGAUGUUCGCCGACCUGCACAGCUCCUGGUGGCAGGGCAAAAUCCUGGCAAGCGGCAAGACUGGCUUCUUUCCAAGCGACGCUGUGAGGCCUUGCCCCUGUCUCCCAAAGCCCGUAGAUUACUCUGCACAGCUCUGGUUUGCAGGGCCUAUGGAAAGGUACCAGGCUGAGGUGGAGCUCCAGGACCGAGGAAACAGCACCUAUCUGGUCCGGCACAGGAGUAGAGAGUGCACAGAGUACGCAAUCAGUAUAAAGUUCAACGACAGAGUCAAGCACAUUAAGAUUCUGACCAAGGAUGGGUGCUUUUACAUCGCAGAGAGUCGACACUUCAAGACCGUGCUGGACCUAGUGGAGUACUACAAGCAGAACUCUUUAAAAGAAGGCUUCAGCAGUCUCGACACCACACUGCGGGUCCCUUACCGGGAAUUCUCCAAUGGAAGCUCGCCUUGGGCCAUUCCAAAGAUUGGCAGCGUUCCUCCUGGUGUUUGCAGCUUUGUUCCUCCCUCCUCUCCUUUCUGGUCAGUGUUUUGUCCCAGGGUGGUGUCGGUUGCCGUGGCCCGCUACGACUUUAGUUCCAGAGACACGUGGGAGCUGCCGCUGCUGCAGGGAGACGUGGUGAGCAUCCACAGCAAGACGUCCAACGGCUGGUGGAAGGGAGAGGUUGGGGGCAAGGUGGGCUGGUUUCCUUCCACCUACGUGGAAGAGGAGGACUGACCUCGAAGACUUUGCAAGGCGCAAGGCGCCGACAUUGUCGCCAUACGGCACAUCUGUGUGAUGUCGCUGAGAGGAACCUACCAGGAAGCACCAUCUAGAACUUCCCCUCAGCCCUCUGAGAGACACGGAGCACAUGCCGGGUCACUCUGGAAGCAUCACCGGACCUCACCCUUCCUCCCUUGUCUCCUUCCUUCCUUCACCUUGUCUUAUUAUGAAUGACUCGUUGGGCUGGAGUGAGAGUCGCCUUCACCGUUACUGUAAAGACUCAGUCAACCGGCAAACACAGUUGGGAUUGCUGGAAGUCCAACAUGUGAAUAAACAUAUUAUUAUUUCCAUGCAACAGUUCUGCUCAUGCAUUGAUGAAGCCUAACCAGACAGGAAGUGCCAAAUAUGGAGUCAUCACCUUUUGCAGCAAUAAUAGCGACUGUCGACUCUGCUAGGAAGGCUUGAUGGAGGAUUUGGGGAUUUUGUGUGAGGCCGGAAGUCACCCCAUUAUUCAUUCCAAUUCACCCCAAAAGUUUUUGAUGGCCUUCUUCCACAUCAAAUUCAUCCAAGCAUGCCUUUUAUGGACCUUGUUUUGGGCACUGGGAACUGACAAGGGCCUUGACUACUGCUAGCCAAAUACUACAGUAUCAGAUACAGAUACUGUAUACAGAUCAGAUACGACUACUAAGGCAUGCUCCGCAAGGCAUGCUCACGAUAUGUGUUUACUUGUUACAUAUUGUGUUGUCAUUUUUGUGUUUGCACAUUCACUGAUGUGUUCUCGCUCAAUUAAAGAAACGUCCUUUAGGCAAGCUAAAGUUCUUCUGAUCAUCUCCUGGGAAGACUCAAGGUACACAGGCUGCACUUACACUAAACUUUGAAAUAGGGUGGCACAAAACAUGUGUCCCGUGGGCCAAGAGUUUGAGACCCUUGUUCUAAAUGGACAUCUGACUUACAAUGCAAUUGGUGGCAUCAAUGGUGCAUUUUAACAAGUUUAACAAACCCCAAAAAAUCCCCAUUUUGGAAAGCGGUAGAGUCGUCAUGCAUGGAAAGGAAUGAACUUGGACGGCGUCUGCGUGAGGUGAUUGUAUGGCCUUUGAUGUUGUAGGUCUUGCGUCUUCUUUUGAUGGCUCCGAAAAAGGAGCACCAGAGGACGUUCUUUGGAUUUUGCGUUUGCCUCAAAUCUUCCACAAGGAAUGACUCAAGGCUGACGAAACAGCUUCACUGGAGAGUCCAGACCGCCAGCAAAAUCACAAAAACCCUUUAGUCAUGCUGUGAUGCUACACACACGACAGAGUGACACUUCCUUCACAACACCACAGGAUCUUUGACUUGUGUUUUUGCGGUUGGUCCUUAAAAACAGUUGAGAGCCUGUCAUAGGGAAGACCUUUGAUUAGGAUUUUUGUUGUAGGUUCUUAAAUACAGCAGCUUUCCUGCCAUAUAGAGGAUCUUUGACUUGCAUUUUUGCAGAUGUUGCAUAAAAACAGCAGAGCGCUCCUGUCAUAUAGAGGAUCUUUGACUAGUGUUUUUGCAGCAGGUCCUCAAAAACAGCAGAGCGUUCCUCUCUUAUAUGACUUUUGUUUUUAGAUUGUUAAAAACAGCAGAGCAGUCUUGUCAUAUAGAGGAUCUUUGACUGGAGGUUGUUUUUUUUUGUAGUCCGCUCUCACAAACAGCAAAGGGUUCCUGUCAUAUACUGAGAGCACUCCAGCCACGUACAGGAUGUUUGACAAGAGUUUAUGCAGUUGAUGCUUAAAAACAGAAGCUUUCCUGUCCUGUUUUUGCAGUAGGUCGUCAAAAACAGCAGUGCGCUCCUGUCAUUUGGAGGAUGUUUUGACUUGUUUUUGUAGUUGGUGCUUAAAAACAGCAGAUCGCUCCUAUCUUAUAAAGGAUCUUUGACUAGUACAUAGUUCUGUAUAUAGCAGAAGUAUGAUAGUGCACUUCUUAAAAUGUGUCCCUGAGAAUCAUUGACUGCUUUAUUACAUUAUUUGUGUUUACGGCUCAUUGGAGCAUCCAUAUUUGCUUGCCACUGUUGUCCUCCUGCUUGCUGCUUUGUAUUCUGCUUGACUGACAUGUUUCUCUUUCUCCUCUUCCUGUGUGAGAUUCAUCAACAGCGCCAUGUGGAUGGAGCGUUGCACAUGUAGAUAUCAGUAUUCUUCUAAUGCAAACACUGCCUCGGGCGUGUUUCCCUCCCCCGUGCCGCAGCCUCUAAACCACCAAAACUCACUGUGAACACUCCCGUCACAAAGUGUCUCCCCCACCGCCUCCUCUCCUUCUUCGCGAGAUGAAAGGCGGCGACAAGGAAUUUGGACUUCAGCCAUGGACGCAUUCAUGGAGGAGCUUCUGAUCGACUGUUACAUCGCUGAUGUUUCCUUUUUGCAGGAUCCCCUUGUGAAGAAAAGUGCCCCCAUCGUGUGUUGUCCAAAAUGUAGCCUUGAUGUUGGAAUGUAGACAGUUUAAAAGUGCUUUAAGCAAGACGCACUGGGAACACACUGUGUUCUGUCUUUAGCUUUAAUGUUAAUGAGUACACUUUGUGUAUUUGAUCCACUUUUGACAUAUACACGGUAACGGCACGUAUCCCACGUAAGAGAUGACAUAUAUCACAUACAACGCAGUAACAUUAAGGAGUCAGACAGGAGAACACAAAUGUUAGCAACGCUAGCAUAGAUAUGUGAUGCUAAAGUGCAAACACUACACACACAUUUCAACAGCAACACCAUACCAGGUUAGCAUAUUUGCUGAAGAGCAAACUACAUGGUCAAAGUGACAGUUUCCAUGUCUGUAACUGACUGGUGGACAGUUGGCAGAGCUUUGUUUUAAGGUUUGUUCGCCAGCUUUUUUAUAAAGUAGCGGCCAGUAGUGGCUUGUUAGCUAUAGGGGCGGGUCAGAGGCGGUAACAUGUCCACGAAGAGGGACAUUUGAGUGGAGCUAACCAGGGAGAUGAUAGAUUUUUCUCACAUUUGGUGUCCAUAAACGAUAUUAGAAUAUCUUUAAAAAGGUUGAACCACCAUUUUUCUUCUUGAGCAGCCUCCAUGCAUGCAUGUCGACAUGAAAAGCAGUGAAACUACUGGCUCAUAUGAGCAGAAAGAUCGUAUAAAGCAGUGGUCACCAAACCGUCGAUCGCGAGCUACUAGUCGAUAUUUGGGACUUUGCCGGUCGAUCACGAGAAUAUAAAAAAAAUGGAUUAUUACAUCACUGCCCUCCCCUCCCAGAGAGUGACCAACAGGCACGCAUUUGGACCACUUAACACGCGCUUACGCCUCACCGCCCUUCAGGCACGCAACCUGCAAGCUUCAGCCAGGAGCCCACUUCCCAAAACCCAGCCAGAGGUACCAGCGCACGUACACUGACUCGCCUCACCCCGCAACAACAAGCGUUCAGCGACAAGCUAAAGAGUGACAGAGUGCAGCAAUGUGCCUGAGCACACAACAGUAAUUAUUACAUGUAAAUAUGGCUCAAAAUCUGCCUUUUCUACCUUAAAAUUAAGGCACAAAUAUAACUCCAUAGAUGUGCACCUCCAAAAAAAUCUUCGAGGUGCAGCUCGCCAGGGCUGACUAUUGUAACAGAUUGACCAGUUUCUCUCUCCUCUCCAUCGCUCGCCCAUGACACAGAGCCAACAAGCGAGUUGGAGUGUGACAAAGAGCCACAAAGCUAAGGGGUGCCCGAGCGGCGGCUUGGGGGCCAUCCCCGGCUAGUGGCUCAUUGGUUGUUGCAUCGUUGCAGAAACAAAAUACAAUUUUAAAAACAGCAAAAAUGGUAAAAAUAGAGCAAAAGGCACAAUGCGAAAAGGCUGAAAUGUUGACACCAACAACCAAUAAUAACACAAGGCUUUGUAUUUAAUGACGAAGCAAGAAAUAUGUUACUUUGUACAUAAUAAAAGUAAACCUUUCUACAAAAUACAUAUAUAAUUUUAUAUAUAAUUUAAAUAUAUAUUUUGUAUAUUUGUAUAUAUAUUGUAUAUAUUUAUAUCAAUAAACUGAACUAGGGUGGUCUAUGGAUAAUGAUAACAAAUAUAGAAGGUCUGGACGGUGGCCUAGUGGUGAGCAUGUUGGCCACA